CGAGAUUCAUGUUCGCCUGCUUUGUGAUCGAGCCAGAGAGAAUUGGCGGUGACGUUGAGAGUCUCGAAGAUGGGGACGGACCAGAGAGCAUGGAUGAGGACGUGGGGCAACAUCGCUUGGUGGAUUGUCACCAUUCACUCGGUGCCAUUCGCAAUCUACACUGUGCCCUUUAUAUACGGCAAGUUCGAGAUUUACAGAUACCUGACCGUGAGGGCUUCACUCGGGGACUUGGAAUCGGCAGGUCUUCAUGUUUUGAACAACCUCCGGACAUGGCAGAUUCAUGCAGCAGCAGCCCUGGCGUUUGUGACCAUUGGACCGCUGCAAUUUAACCCCUCAUUCCGAAACAAAUUCCCCGUUGCUCACAAACGGCUCGGUUAUGCAUUCGCAGCCUGCACCGUCAUCACAGCAGUGACUGGCGGGACGUCAAUGCUAAAGGCGACCGAGCUGGGUCCCAUAGCCGUGGCCAUGACGCCGUUCAUGUCCAUCUCGACUUUGACAGCCCUCGCAAUCUCCAUCAACGCGGCUCGGAACAAGGAUUUCGGGCGCCACCGACGCUGGAUGCUCCGCUCUGCCGCCAUCGGGUACUCGGUGAUGUACACCCGCACGUUACCGGUGCUGUUUGCGUGGACGUCGAUUCCUCCUGAGCAGGCGAUUGAUUACAGCUUCCCGCUCUCCGUGGCUCUGAACUGCGGCUUCGCGGAGCUUUACAUCCAAAUUUACUUGUCUGAGGUUCGAACCAAAGUGAAGUCCAUGCAUGGCAGCGGCGACAGCGCGCUCGCAGACAGCAGCAAGAAAAAGAAGGUGUGAUAGGACUGCGAUUGCGCAGCCGUCUUGCUGAUGAGGUGCCGUCAUUUGGGCGCAGUCGCCGUCAUAUGCCCAAAUCGCACACCACCUCGUGGCCACCGUGCGUGUGCGUCAACAUCAUUGUCCCGACUGGACUUGCGGUUGCGGCAGCGUCAGCGGCAGACUGUGCUUGCGCAGGGGUGCUUGUUUAGGGAUAUUGGGUUUCAGAUGGUUGCUUAACAGAUCUUGUGCCCAAGUGUCCACUUGAAUAUUUCAUCCUUUGCUAUGUAAAUGUUCCGAGUGGUGUGCCUUUCACUUAUUGGAAGGAUCUUGGUUGUACGAUGUGUCUUAGACAUUAGCAAAUUGCUUGAAUGUAUGUAUGUGUGUUUAUAUAUACAUUACUAAAUUGACCUACCCA